AUGUCGGACUCGACAUCCCAUGUCAAGAAACUGCUUGCCACCUUUCGCGACAAUCCUCCAGACACGUCGGGAGUGUCAGAUGGCCAACUACAGGAGAUAUACCUGUACCUUAUGAACAGACCCGCGAACUCCUCUGGCGAAGUUCACUGGCUCUGUGGCCAGGCCGGCGACCUCACAAACAGUGCAGCGACCUUCCUCCUUCGUUUGUUCGCGUAUUCAAGCGACUCGGUCGAAAAAUGGAAAGCCAAAUUGCACAAGAUUGUAUCGAGUUGCUCUUCAUGUGUUGAAGGGCUUGAAAAGGCGAAGUUCGAGUCUCGAGACACUUUCCUGGCCGCGUUUCCCGACGAUAUAUUGCAGCAAUUCUUUCUUACCUUUGAGAAUUGGGAACUUCAAGAAGUCCUGAAGGACAUAGAACGCUCCCCGACAUCAGUGUCAAUAGCUACGGUCUAUCGCAUUAUGUGCAAUUCGGCCAUGUUUUUGAACUCUCGUUUAAUCCAAUGUCUCCAAGCAAGCCGACCCCCAGAAUUUUCUAUAAUCUGGCCCAAUGGUUUCUAUCCUCCUGGGCUGUUGGUCUUUUUGGUCAGUGACGACGAGGGCAUACGAAGAUGGGCCACCGUCCUUGCAUCAAAGAGCCAGUUGAUUCCAGCAAGCAGUUUCUCGAGAUCCUCAUACCUCAAAGCAAUAGAUGCUAUUUCUUUGGCUUUACAGACCGGGAAUUCGUCCUCGUCGAACAGCCUUUCUCCUCUUCCACUUGCACAAGGACCAGACCUAUGGUCCGGUGUUGGUGCUGCCCUGCGACUUAUCCCUCCGGAAUGGUUGAAAUCAAACGUAGGGCAAUCACUUCAAAUACGCGGGGCAAUUUUUAGCCACCUCCACGACAGCAGUUCGUGCUUCAAGGAGGUGUUUAAAUGCUUCAUCCUUCUAAUGAAACGUCUUGGGAACGAUCUUUGGAGUGGAGAUGGUCCAGAGGCCUCCUUAACGGUCUUUGAGUCUAUCAAAGACAAUCAGUCGUUCAUUGAUAGUUUGGAAAGCAGCGCAAACCCUCAAGGGGGAACAACAUACGUAUCUUGGUUUCAAGAAUUUAUUUUAACUAUCCGCGAUUAUAGCAACUUGUAUCAUAAGCAACUCCGUCAAGUUCGUCCUGAACUGACGAAGGUUGCGAUGAACAUCCUUUCCACCGCCUACGACAGAUCACGAUCCAAAGAUCAAUCCCAGCUGAAGCUCGUCCUGAACGUCCUUGAUGCCCAUGCAGAGUCCGUUGUGAUCGCUGCCUUCGGACAAGAUUGCAGCGCCGAAACAUGGAAUAGCGCUAGAGAAACCGCUCGGAAACUGGUCCGACGGCUUCUCACAGACGAUAUUCGAAGUAUCACAGACGCAAUCUUCUCGGUGUGCCACGCUCAUGGGCAAAGCAAGCAAAAGAUGGCCGUCAAUGAUUUGCCCUCGCCGUCUAUUCGAACUCCACUUUGGAAGAUGGUGUACUCGUCGAUAGGACGAGACACCAGCGCUAUUGCCGACAUCGUGUCCAUACUUUCGAAAGCGGCCCACCUUGAUUCUCUCAAACCUUCCAUUUUCGAAUCGUCCAAUUCCUCGGUCAUAGACAACCAAGUAUCUCUAGUGAACAGUGCCCUGCGGGCCUUCCAAGUGGGGUUACUAGCCUCGAUAUCAAAUUUUGCGGAAUACGGGCGGUCUACCGAUGGGAUGGAAGUCCUGCGAAGUCCUGGUGUUGGAAAAGCAGUUACCCUCCUUCUCCUAUCUCCCAUUCCCGAUUUUCGCAUGGCCGGGUCCUCUAUUGUCGGCCUUGCGUUGGAGGUCGAUGGGAGAAUGGAGUGCUUUCGCGCCAUACUUGAAAAUCUUCCAGAUGAAGCACUCGAUGGAAUGUCCGAAUACCUCGCCAUCUUUUGUCGAUAUGCAACCCGGCUUCCUGAAGCAUGCAGUCUAUCAACGACUUUGGUACGGAGCUUUGCGGAUAUCAUCGACGUCCUUUGCGCCAGCCCAGAAGGACUGUUGCACAACAGGAAUUUCCUUCGCCCUCAGGAUGAGAAGGGGCCAGCAGCGCGUUUGCCUAAAUUCUGGAGGCAAUUAACAGAGGCUUUGUCGGCAAUAUAUCGUCGGACUCCUAUGUGGGCGGCGCACAUCGACACCCCAGAUAUGGUUAUCUGGAUGAGAGACGCGCUGAUCUUGGCUCGGGAUGUUCUUACACAGUGGAGGAUCAUAGAGACCGCUGCCAACGCCUACAUCAAAGCCCCAGCAGUCUCAACAACGAAAAGGAUAUCACCUAUUGGCGAACAGAUGAUCGGCAACCUUCAAGAGCUUCUGCCAGAACUUGCUCGGUGGCUUCGGCUUACCGACGAGGAAUUGCUGCAUCAGUCCUUUUCUCUCAUUCAAAGUGUGCUCGACACCAUGAAGACCAUACAUGUCCGACCGUCAGACGCCGCCUUAACGAAGCUGAAUAAAUUCGUAGAAAGCACUGAGAGCGGCCAGCCGACAAGCUCAGCAAGGAGUCGCCUCGACACUGGCCGCCUUGUCCAGCUCUCAGAAGCUCUUGCCUAUUUCAACGAAGGGGAUGACUCAGACGACGAAAUAACUGUCAUUUCUCACAAAAUCGCCCCAUCCAAAGCUCCAACCAAGGUGGCAUCAGAAUCAAAAACCGAGAGCCGUCCCUAUAUUCAGGGGAAGGCUACGCACACCAAGCCGUCGACAUAUGCGCGCCCUUCCAUACAGUCUCAUAUUCCUCCAAUUGCUCCAUCAAGGACUACUGGCAGUAAGUUUUUCACAGACCAGGACCAAAAGAAGCUGGAUGCCCCGGCACCCAUCCCAUCGUUCAGGAAAACAGGUCCCAUUCAAGGCCCAUCUUCCAAGUACACCCACUCUUCUUCAACCAGACAGGCCCCGAGAGGACCGAAGAACGAAGCACUCAACGGACCCGCAGCCUCGGAAGACUCUUCUUCGAGUGACUCGUCAGACUCCGACGAUGCUGGUGAUGCCUCUUCAGCGCUGGCAGCUUUGGGACUUUUCCCCAAGUCUCCUCACAAAUCAAUCUCGAGAGCGAAGCCUACCGAGCGCCGGAGUAUCAAGAUACUUGAUAUACCCUCGCACAGAAAUCCUCUCGAGGCCCGCUUCAAACGGAGACAAGGUGCACCACAACGUCUGUUGCGACCCGAUAUCUCUGAUCUGCACAGAGUCAUUCUUUCCUGGGAUUACAAUCACGCUGACUCUGCGCCUCCCGGAGAGCCACUGUCCCUCCUUGCAGUGCCGGAUCGAUUCAACGAUGCAGGGCAUUACUUGAAAGUUUUCAAGCCUCUUUUACUUUCUGAGUGCUGGGCGCAGCUUUUACAGUCGAAGGAAGAGGUAAAAGAAUUCUAUCAAUGCCAAGUAGCAGAGCGUCAAUUUGUCAGCGACUGGCUUGACAUCGGUUUUGUCUUCGCAGACAGCGUGAAAAAGACUUUAUUUCUAUUAGAAACCGACAUUGUCCUCUUGCAGCAGCCUAGCCGACAGAAAAAUGUCCUUGGGAAAGUAAACUCCUACAGGGCUGCUAAAGACAAAAUUCAGACUAACGUUCGGUUUUACUGCCAAUCCGGCCCCGGCGAUCCUGGCCUUCAAAUGGGGACUUCUUGGCAAAUUGCUAAGGUUUUCAGUUUGAGCACGCUCCAUCGCGAGUACGCGGCUCUUAUAUCACUUCCCCAUAGCUCCCAAUUGGAUUUCAUUUUGAAGCCUUCGUUACCCAGAGUCCCUGAUCCCGACGCUCGAUAUGUUCGUGAAACCAUGACCACCUUGAAAGUCAACGAGCCCCAGGCUAUCGCAAUAUUGAAGGCCACGAUCAACGAAGGUUUUACGCUGAUUCAAGGCCCUCCCGGUACCGGGAAGACUUCUACCAUCUGCGCGCUCAUAUCCUCUUUAUUAUCCAAACGGCCCAAAGCUGCUGUUCCAAUUGUCGUUGGCAAUCCAACCUCCGUCACAUCGCCGUCUAAAGCACGAAUAUUGCUCUGCGCACCAAGCAACGCCGCUAUUGACGAACUCGCGGAAAGAAUUAAGACUGGGCUCCCUGGCUUUGACCCGCGAACCAAGCCAGUAAACGUAGUCCGAGUUGGAAACGAACAAUCCAUGAGCAAGAGCAUCCUCGACAUCUCCCUCGACAGUCUUGUGGAUCGAAAACUCAACCAAGUGUCGGACGGGAAAGCUAAACCUCUCCGAGACAUCGCGAAUGAAAUUCAGAACACCAUCAAUGAGAUUACGGUUGCAAGACAACUACGGGAGUCGAAGCUGGAAGAGCUGAAAGCUGCCCAGAAUGACGUCCUCCGAAGCAUGACUUUGGAGAAUGACAUCAAAGAGCUUACCUCGCGUAGAGCAGCGUUGGGAACGAAGUUAGAUGGCCUGAGGGACAAGAGGAUAGAGGAUUCGCGGGCUCUCGACACGUUACGAAGAAACACGCGUCACGAAAUUCUUAACGGAGCUGAUGUCAUCUGCACUACUCUGGCUGGCGCGGGGCAUGAUCAACUAGAAAGCCUACAAUUCGAUAUCGUCGUCAUCGACGAGGCCGCUCAAGCUAUUGAAAUCAGCUCUCUGAUACCCCUCAAGUUCGGAUGCUCCAAUUAUGUGAUGGUGGGUGACCCCCAACAAUUGCCGCCUACUGUGAUAUCCCAGGAGUAUCGCAUGCAUCCUGAGAUCAGCCGCCUUCCCAGUCGCAUCUUUUAUGACGGGCGCCUCAUCGAUGGCCCAAAUAUGGCUACCAAAACCGUACGGCCAUGGCACAGGCAUCGAAAGUUUGGCAUAUACAAAUUUCUGAACAUCUCAGGCGUUGAACAAUCCAGAGGGCAUUCUAUUUCCAAUCCUGCGGAAUGUGAAAUCGCUGUGAAAUUAUAUGCGCGUCUCAUGGAGGGGUAUUCGUCCGUGAAUUUUCGUGUCGGUGUCGUAUCCAUGUACAAGGCCCAGGUCGUGGAGCUACAGACCCGAUUCAUGACAGCCUUUGGCAAGGAUAUUAUUACCAAGGUUGAUUUUAACACUGUCGACGGCUUUCAAGGACAAGAGAAGGACGUUAUCAUUCUAUCUUGUGUCAGAUCAGGUCCAGGUUUGACCUCCAUUGGCUUCUUAUCUGAUGCUCGUAGAAUGAACGUGGCCUUAACAAGAGCAAGGUCUUCUCUCUUCAUUCUUGGCAACGCUCCUACGUUGGAGAGAAGCGAUGAAAAUUGGAAACAAAUUGUUCAUGAUGCGCGAUCAAGGUCCUUGUUUCUAAAUAUCGAUGCAGAAUAUUACUCUAAGGCAGCAUUCUCGAAAGACGAUUUCAUUCCGACAGUUUCCGCGACCCCGUCCGCAACAUCUAAUGCAGCAUCAUUACCUUCGGACAUUGACACUCCUAUGCCUUUGGUUGAGGCACCAGAUCAGGCCCCAAGACUGAGUAAGCUUAGCGAAAGCGAACCCAAGAAAAACGGGGCAGAGAAAAUGGCUACCGGUGCUUCCUCCUCCACCGGGAUUAAGCGGCCAGCGGAAGUUGAGGGAUCGGGACCAGCUAUGAUACCAGGUACCCGUCCGAAGUCCAACCAGCCUCGUAAACGACCUAAAACCAUGUCAAUGUUUCUACCUAGCAAAAAACCUUAG